UGCCUCGAGAUGGUCCCUUUCGCGCUCCGCAUUUUCCCGGUCCUCGCGCUGGGCUUCCUCGGGUGCUCCAGAGGAUGGGCGAUAGGGAAUCGCCUCUCGGACCCGGAAGACGCGGACGGCAGCGGUCAGCGAGAGAGCGGGGAACCCAGCCCGCGGAUCAUCUUCCCAGGUACGAAGUGGUGCGGUAGCGGAAACGUGGCGGAGGAUUACGACGACCUGGGCACCUUUGCCGAGACCGACGCCUGCUGCCGAGCUCACGAUCACUGCGAGGACGCCAUCGAGGGCGGGCGGAGCGCGCACGGGCUGACCAACCCCGCCUUCUACACCAGGGUACUCUGCGCCUGCGACGAGAGAUUCUAUGACUGUCUGCGCGAUUCCGGGGACAAUGCCGGAGGAAAAGUUGGUACCGCGUACUUCACCCUCCUGGGGACCCAGUGCUUUCGCGAUGAUUACCCCGUCGUGGGAUGCAGGCGCCGAUCGACAUACCCCAGACGGUGCCUGGAGUACGAGCUGGACGAGAGCCAGCCGAAGAGGUACCAGUGGUUCGACGUGCCCCCCUUCCGAGGAUCCAGCCCCGAGGAAAGCGAAAGCCUGUCCCCGAGGGAGCGGGGCCCCCCGCAGCCUCCGCCGGUCCGGAAGGAACCGAAUCGAUUCUUCCGCGAUCCCUCGUCGUCGCGAUUUUCCUGAUUCUCUCCAUUUUCCGGCGCGGCGCUUCGCGACGCACAAAGCGAACGCGGCGCGUAGCCCGGCGGACGGCUUUAAAGGGCCUCUGGCGGGCGAUUUCCAGCGGAAAAUGCGAAAUCCCGGCGCGAAACGAGAUUUGGAGCUUUUUCGAGCGGCUUUGCCGAUCGAUCGGCGCCCCGGGCGGUCCGGGUCCGAUUCCCCGUCUGGCCUCGGAUUGGGAUGCGUGCGAAGCGCCGCUCGCUCGCCGCCCGAUCAUCCUCUCGGCCACCUAAUCGCAUCGAUCCCCCCUCGCCGGCCCGAUUAUUAAUCGGCCAAUUUGCGGGGCCCUUUGUUCGCGAUCCCCCUGGACCAGUUUCGCUUCAACCCGUCCUCCUUCGUCUCCCCCUCCGCCGCCUCGAAGGCACCACCUUACCGGGGUGGUGCCUUCCCCCGUGAGCGCCGACUCGGCAGAAAAUGGGAAUACGAUCGUACAGUUUGUAAUUACGGUUACGGUCGUCGGUAUCGUUACCUCUGUACGAGACUCUGUAUGCGAGAGGUUGAAUGAACGUUCGGUACGGCGAUGAGAGCGGUUUCGACUCCGAAAUGGGCCGGAUUGACCCCCUUUCCUUUCAAUGGAAGUCGGCGGCGCCUCGUUGCGUUUUUUUCAGGGGGAACGGAUAAAAGCGGGAUCCCUGGCUUCGGUUA